CUAAUAGAAAGCCAUGCCUCCCCCGGGGCUCCCACGCCACCCCGCCCUCUUCCCCUGUCCCCAGACCCCAGGAACCUGCAGCUUCCUUCUUCUGCCCUCCAUCUAGGCUAAGACCAGCCCUGUAAGCCCUCACUCAGCCCUUGCCACCGGCCUUCCUUUCCCUGUCGUUUCUCUGUUGUCUGCUCUUCCCAGCACCCGCCAGCCCUCUCAGGGAGGUGCCUCAUGGCAGCCCGCCCCUCCAGCCUGGCUUCCUCAGGAAAAGCCUUGGGAGGAAGCAGGGAGGGGGUUGGGAGCUGUGGGGGCCAGACCAACCCAAGCCCUCCCGCUGCACUGGCCGCCAUGGGGCUGGGGCUACUGCUCCCACUACUGCUGCUCUGGACUUGGGGGACCCAGGGAUCCGAGCUGGACCCCAAUGGGCAGCAUGUCUGCAUGGCCAGCAGCCCCUCUGCUGAGCUCCAGUGCUGCCCAGGCUGGAGACAGAAAGAUCAAGAAUGCACCAUCCCCAUCUGUGAAGGGCUGGACGCCUGCCAGAAAGACGAAGUAUGCAUAAAGCCGGGCCUCUGUCGGUGCAAACCUGGAUUCUUCGGGGCUCAGUGCAGUUCCCGCUGCCCGGGCCAGUACUGGGGCCCCGACUGCCGUCAGAGCUGUCCCUGCCAUCCACACGGCCAGUGCGAGCCGGCCACCGGUGUGUGCCACUGCCACGCCGACCGCUGGGGCGGCCGCUGCGAGUUCACCUGCGCCUGCGGCCCCCACGGGCGCUGCGACCCGGCGACGGGCGUGUGCCGCUGCGAGCCGGGCUGGUGGACGCCCACGUGCCGCCGCCAAUGCCAGUGCAACCCGGCGGCGGCGCGCUGCGACCCCGCCACGGGCGCCUGCCUGUGCCAGCUGGGCUGGUGGGGCCGCCGCUGCAGCUUCCGCUGCGCCUGCAACGGCUCGCCCUGCGCGCAGGAGUCCGGCCGCUGCGCCUGCCGGCCGGGCUGGUGGGGCCUCGACUGCGCGCAGCCGUGUCAGUGCACGCGCGGCCGCUGCGACACCUCCUCGGGCCAGUGCGCGUGCCCGCCCGGCUUUCGCGGCGCGCGCUGCGAGCUGCCCUGCCCCGCCGGCAGCUACGGGGCGCGGUGCAAGGACAGCUGUGGCCACUGCAAGCAGAAUGAGCCGUGCUCUCCAGACACAGGCAGCUGUGAGUCCUGCGAGCCAGGAUGGAAUGGAACCCAGUGCCACCAGCCCUGCCCACCUGGCACCUUUGGCGAGAGCUGCAGGCAGCAGUGCCCCCGCUGCUGGCUUGGGGUGGCCUGUCAGCCAGACACCGGGCACUGUCAGCGCUGUGACCCUGGCUGGCAGGGGACCAGGUGUGAAGAUCCCUGCCCUCUUGGCACCUUUGGGGAGGGCUGUGGCUCUACCUGCCCCACCUGUGUCCAGGGCACCUGCGAUGCUGUGACCGGGGAAUGUGUCUGCAACGCUGGGUACUGGGGGCCCAGCUGCAACACAUCCUGCCCCCUGGGCUUCCAUGGAGUCAACUGCUCAGUUCCCUGCCAAUGCCCAGAGGGCGCCUGCCACCCUGUCUCCGGAGCCUGCCAGCUGGGCCUCGGCAGGCGGGACGUGGCCCUCCUCGCGGGCAUCCUGGUGCCUCUGCUGCUGCUCCUUCUGGGCAUCGCUUGCUGUGCCUGCAGCUUCUGGGCCGCCCGGACGGACCCCAAGGAGGGGCCAGCAAGGGACGGAGCUGCCAUGUCCAGGAUGAAGCUGCAGGCCUGGGGGGCCCUGAACAGCCUGGGCUCUGCGCUGCCCUGCGGUUCCCUCAGCAGCCACAAGCUACCGUGGGUGACGGUCUCACACCACGACCCGGAGAUCCCCUUCAACCACAGCUUCAUCGAGCCGCCCUCCGCCGGCUGGGCCUCUGACGACUCCUUCUCUUCCGAUCCCGAGUCUGGAGAGGAAGACGAGGGUCCCGCCUACUGCAUGCCACCCCAAGAAGGGAUGGUCUCGGUGGAGUCUCCGGAGGCUGGGCCGGCCCCUGAGGAUACCUCCACGCCUUUCACCAUCCCCCGUACCUCCAGCCUGGCCCGGGCCAAGCGGCCAUCAGUCUCCUUCGCUGAAGGCACCAAGUUUGCUCCACCGAGUUGCCGCGGCUCAGGGGAGCUCUCCAGCCCUCUCCGAAAGCCCAAGAGACUUUCCCGGGGGGCCCAGCCGGGUCCCCAGGGCCAGGAGGCCGAGGAGCCCACAGGCCCAGAACAAACAGAAACAGAAGAGGCCCCUGCUGGUGCCGCCAGCCCCAGAGAUUCAGCCACUGGCCGCCGGCGACUCCCGCUUGGUAGCCGGACAGUGGCUGAGCGUGUGGAAGCCAUAGAGGGCAAUGUCCAGGAGAGCUCAGGCCCUGUGACCACAAUUUACAUGCUAGCAGGGACGCCACGGGGAUCUGAGGGCCCCGUCCGGUCUGUUCUCCGCCGUUUUGGUAGCUUCCAGAAAGGCCAGGCAGAGCCCAAGGUCAAGAGUGCCAUCCCCAAGCCUCCACGUCGGGCCCUGAGUCGGAACAAGGGCAGCCCCGGGCUGGCGUCGAGCUCUGCCAGCCAGAGCCCCGGCCCGGCCCCCUGUGAGCAGCUCUCCGGGGCCUCAAAUUCUGUGGGAGCCGGGCCAGAGGAAGGGGCCCAGGGGCUGGGGGGUGGUGCUGAGAGCCCAGUGAGGGCCCAGGAGCCGGCCUGUGGGGCUGGCCCCCCAGGACAGGAUCCCCCGAAGCUGGCUGCAGAGGAAGGACAGGAGGAGCCCCAGUAUGAGAAUGUUGCUCCCAUCUCUGGGCCAUCGGAGCCCUGCGGACCUUGAAUUGGGGGAGUGGGAAGACUGUGGAGAAGGGGGACCCCAGAACUACCACUGGACCAGACUGCUGUGUGUGCUGGGAAAGGAUUGCAGGGCUGGGACAGACAUGCCAGAGGCCCCAUCCCUAGGGAGAAGUCAAAGGUUAAAGGAUAGGGUUGGCUUUGGCCCUGAUGGCACUCUGGGGAUGGGCCUGAAGGUUGGGGCAGCAACCCCACAAGCUAGGGGCCUGGGAGGGGGGCAGAUGGCUGCAGAGACUUUCUCCUUUAUACUGGACUCGGUUUGCCCCAAAGGACUAUUCUUUCCUUCAUUUACAAAGCAUUUUUCUGAAACUGGAAACAACCUAAAUGUUUGAUAAUAAAAGAUUAAAUAACGAUUUCUUAUGAUAGGUUUCUACACGACCACUAAAAAUCAUGUUGUGCAAGAAUAUUUAAUGAUAUUGGAGAAUGUUCAUGCUCUAUUGUUAAGUGCAAAAAGUAAGUUAUAAAUUAGGAUACACAGUCCAAUCCCAUUGUUUUCUUUUUAUGAACCUUAUUUCAUUUUGCCUCAGGAUACAUGUUUAAAAUUCUCCCUUUUGGGGGAUGUGUUGUGAUUAGUUUACCACCUUAGUUUUUUUUUUAAAAGAAGGAUGUAUGUGCAUUAAAAAAAAAAAGAUUCGAGAGGAAGGCAUCAAUGGUAAUUUUCUCUAGCAGAUGACAUUGUGGGUGAUAUUUAUUUUCUCUUAAAAGCUUUGUAUAAUUUGCAAAUUUUCUGUAGUGAACCUGCUUUUACUUUUUCACUAGAUUGAAUUUUUUUAAAAUUAUGAAAGUGAUACAUGUUCAUUGUUUAAAAUAAAAAAGUACUAACAUUGCA